AUGUCCAACAAGGAAGCCAAUGCCGAGGCGGCGGCAGCGCACCUGGCCCUCAUAGAACAGCUCGACAACCACUCAGUGCACAAGUCCUUCCGUAACCCGUCUUGGAAGCCCAAUCAGCGCCGGAACAAGAACAUCAAGACGAUUCUCGGCGAUGCCUCUCGAAAGGAAGCCUCCCUCAACGCCACCCCACAUGAUCAUAGCGGCGCGGCCACGCCUGGCGCCGACGAUGGCCUUUCCACCAGCGGCCAGUCAACACCAGCCGCGAACGGUGCCAGCUUGCAGCCAAACCUCGCUCAGGCUUCGAGGAGUCUGAGCAAGCUGGUGCUCGAGAAGAAUCUUAGAUCGGCCGCUUCAGGACAGCCGGGACCCUCCGCGCCGAGUGCUACUUACACCAAUAUCGAGAGCGCCCCGAGCAUGGCUCCUAUGAAGCGCUACUGUGAUAUCACGGGGCUACCAGCGCCGUACAACGACCCAAAGACAAGGUUGAGGUAUCACAACAAGGAAGUAUUUGGCAUCAUUCGCGGCCUCCCAUCGGGAGUUGCCGAGCAGUUCUUGGAGGCGAGAGGAGCUCACACGGUGCUCAAGUGA